AUGGGAAUUCAAUUGGUUGACAAGGCGGAACUAUGGAAGAGUGCCCUGUUAUUGAAGCUCCAGCUCCGUGAUCGAUUUCGAAUCGCCGUCGACGAUCACCGUGGUCGAGCGGCGGUUUUCGCAACGGACGGCUACUUCUCUUCCUCUGUCCACCGCUUAUUGACUCGAUUACGAAACUUCCGCCAGGAGUCUCUCCCUUCUCCCCCUACUUUUUAUCGCAGACGAGUUUCUAAAGAUCUGACAGCAGAAGAAGAGUCUGCUCUCUAUCGUAUGCUUCAAGCUGUGGCUGUUCCCCUUAUUGGAAAUGCUUGCCAUGUUUUCAUGAAUGGUUUUAACCGUGUUCAGGUGUAUGGUUUGGAGAAAUUGCACGAUGCUUUGCUCAACAGACCAAAGAACAAGCCCCUUGUAACGGUUAGCAAUCAUGUCGCAUCCGUGGAUGAUCCGUUUGUCAUUGCUUCGCUGCUCCCGCCUAAACUUUUACUUGAUGCCCGUAAUUUGAGGUGGACGCUUUGUGCUACAGAUAGAUGCUUCAAAAACCCUGUAACUUCAGCUUUCUUUCGAUCUGUCAAAGUUUUGCCUGUUGCUCGCGGCGAAGGGAUUUAUCAGCAGGGCAUGGACAUGGCUAUUUCGAAACUGAACAGUGGAGGGUGGGUUCACAUCUUUCCAGAAGGCAGUCGCUCCCGUGAUGGUGGCAAGACUAUGGGCUCAGCAAAAAGAGGUAUUGGAAGGUUGAUUUUGGACGCAGACACUCUCCCUAUGGUUGUUCCAUUUGUGCAUAAUGGUAUGCAAGAUAUCAUGCCGGUGGGAGCCAAUGUUCCACGGAUUGGCAAGACAGUGACAGUGAUCAUUGGUAACCCGAUUCACUUUGACGACCUUCUCGGGGCCGAAGAAGCCGGAAACGUAUCAAGGAAACACUUGUAUGAUGCUGUAUCUUCGAGAAUUGGAAAGAGACUGUCCGAGUUAAAAGCACAAGUCGAUAGAGUAACUCUGGAACAACAGUCACAGAAGGCCAAAACAUGCUCAGACCGGGCUGCUGAAAUCUUUCACCGGGUUGAUUGGGACUCGUUUGGGAUGGGAGCAUACUUCUCAGAAGAAUCACCAUCAGUCACUGUUAAUAAACAAGUUUCACAAACCGAUGAUCCUGUUGUCUCCAAUUGUUUGGAUCGUCAGAUUCCCAAAAGGGGAGGGGUCAGUCUGAAGAUUAAGAAGUUGAUGGACUCUACUGAGAUGAUGGGGUUUGCAGCUAGAGAGUUGUUUGUGAACGAUUAUAAGAGUAGGGCUGAAUCUGCAAUGUCUGGUAAAAUCUUGCCUCUAAAGGCAUGGAGAGAGUAUUUGGAAGUAAAUGUGAACCCUGGAUCACAUCACUCCACUACACUUGCUAGUUUGUAA